AUGCCCGCACCUGCACCUCCAUGCGCCCAGUGGGAACGCCAGACGCGCUCCGCCGUGCAACUCGCAUCGGCGCCUGGAACUCCCGUAGGCUCCCCCUUCAUUUGCGUCGCUGCCUCGUUCGACCAUCGUCUCACUCCUAGCAAAACAUUGGACAAGAUGGCGGACCUCAUGCCCAAGUUUCCCUCCAUGGACCUCUCGCUGGGUUGCAUGUACAUCGGCGUCAUGCUCAACGUCUGGCUCUUCGGUUUCUCGAUUGUGCAGGCGUACAUCUACUAUGUACACUUCAAGAGCGACAAGCCCUUCAUGCGAUACUUUGUGCUCUUCCUCGUGGUCGCCGACACGAUCAACGCCGUAUUCGACCAGGUGUUCAUGUACCAGUAUCUGGUCUCCAACUUUGGCAACCUCACCUACGCCGCCAAGAGCAACCGCGCUUUCGCCGCCGACCCCGUCAUGACCGGCAUCAUCGCCUUUUCCACCCAGCUCUUCUUCGCCUGGCGCGUGUACAAGCUCAUGCACUCCAAGAUCAUGCCCGCCUUCAUCUGCGUCGGUGCGGCCGUAUCGCUGCUCAGCGCCAUUGGCACCACGAUUGGCGUCGAGAUUGUCCUCUUCUUCCAGGAAUUCCAAAAGUUCCAGGUGGUCGUCAUCCUCUGGCUCGGAUUCGCCGCGCUCACCGACGUGCUCAUCACCGGCUCGCUCGUCUUUACGCUCAACAAGUCGCGCACCGGAUUCGCCGCCACCGACGACGUCAUCACCAAGCUCAUCCGCAUGACGCUCCAGACGGGUGCGCUCACCACGCUGUUUGCCAUUAUCGACCUCAUCCUCUUCCUCGCGUCGACGACGACGCUCCACCUCGUCUUCAACCUGCCGCUCGCCAAGCUCUACGUCAACUCGCUGCUCUCUACGCUCAACGCACGCGUGACGAUUGGCGCCGGCGCACAGCAGUACACCAUGGAGGGUUCGGUGAGCGACAAUGCGCGUCGCGGCAUUUCGACGCGCACCAAGCGAUCCAACGUCUUCCGUCCCGGCGGCAACAAGCAGCCCACGAUCAUCCGCACCCACGCCUCGCAGCACGAUGUUGAGAACGGCCUGGCCGAGUACAACAGCCAGGAGCAGUUUGAGACGGGCAUCCACAUCAAGACGAUCGAGGAGACCUUCGAGGAGCGCCACGACGUCGACGGCAUGGGCGGCUUUGACUCGAGCUCGCACAACGACUCGCUCCCCGCGCUGGAGAAGAGCCGACACGACCACGACUCGCUCUAG